UCAGCUUUCUGUAUCACGCAUGCACAUAGGCAAGUAAAGGCCCAGGUGUAGUCCACAUGCCAAGGUAAAGUUGUACAUUAACAACAAAGUGCAGCUUAAGUUGUACAUUAACAACACAUUUCUGCUAAAGUUGUUCAUAAACAACAAAUUGCUGCUAAAGUUCUACAUAAACAACAAAUUGCAGCUAAAAUUGUACAUAAACAACAAAUUGCUGCUAAAGUUCUACAUAAACGAGGCGAAGAAAAAUGUGGAUUUUCUGUUUACUGUUGAACGUCUUGCGCGGUGCGGGAGGCCAGAGUUUCUCACAGGUCUUGGACAUCUACAGCAGGCUAGAUCGUCAUAGCGGUCAUUUCGUGGACGUCAGGCCGGUGUUGGACCAGAGUCAAGUGGUCACAGUGACCGUGGGUUACUCCAUCCUGAGCAUUGUGGACGUGAGCGAGCUGUCCCAGAGUGUGACCUACAAUAUCUACUUCCAUCUGAUGUGGAGGGACGAGAUUGUGGUUUGGAACGCAAGUCAGUACGGAGGAGUGCACCAGAUCACUGCCGGGCGAUCGGACCUGUGGAGGCCAAGGUUGGUUGUUCUGAACUCUAUUGGAGAACGUGAGCUCUACAAGGAAGACAGCUCUCCCCUUCAAGUUGACCACACUGGUCAGGUGUCCUGGACGGCAAGUGGACCACUGGCCACCUCAUGUAGUUUAGACCUGAGCAGGUAUCCAGUAGAUGACCAUGUUUGCCAUAUUAAGCUGAUGACCAUGAGUUACCAAGCGGAUACAGUUCAACUUCUUGACGAAUUGAACCAAAAUAGCAGAGAGAGGUAUUUGGAAAACUCAGAGUGGAUCCUGUUGGAGGUCAACAUGAGUCGAAUAAAUUAUCUCGUGGAUGGAUUCAACAGAUCUGGACUGCAGAUCAACGUACAUUUCAAGAGGCGCCCCAUCUCCCUCAUGCUGGGUUUCAUCAUCCCCAUCACCUUCAUCUCCUUCCUCAACCUCUUCGUCUUCCUCAUUCCAGCAGAGUCGGGAGAGAAGGUCAGUGCUGGUAUAACAAUCCUGCUGUCUCAGGCCAUGUAUUUGUCCACUGUGUCCAGCAUGUUGCCCAGGUCCACGCAGCCCUUGCCCCUUGUGACCUACUAUCUGUUCCUGCUUAUCAUCAACUCGGCUGUGAUAGUUUUCCUGUGUAUCAUCGUGGUGGCGCUGCAGAACUGGGAGGAGAAAAUGUCUAGGAUACUAGUCCAACAAAGAGACUCCAAACCAAAAGAUCUGCUGUAUGCUUAUGAAGAGAAACUCCACCUCAAGGCUGAGAUGUUGGUCCGAGAGUCACCUCAACAUGUUUUCUCGGCGACACCGGAACCCCACGAGCUUUCCCAGGAUUCCUCCUCACAGCAGAGCUGUCGAUGUGGUGUUCCCGCCAGAGUUAUGCCUGCUUGUAGUCGUCUGAGCAACCGCAUCAACACAUUCGCCUUCUUACUAGUGUUCGCUGUGUGGGUCGGCGGUACGACCUGUCUUAUUGUGACAGUCAAGACAUAGAUCUAGAUCUAGAAGACAUGUCUAUAUUGUCACAGUCAAGACAUAGAUCUAGGUCUAGAAGACAUGUCAAUAUUGUCAUAGUCAAGACAUAGAUCUAGAUCUCGAAGACAUGUCUAUAUUGUCACAGUUAAGACAUAGACUUAGAAGAAAAGCAGAACUAGAUCUAUUUAUAGUAAUUAAAUGUGGUGUCAUUACUCUAUUUUACUUUGUCAUCAGCCUAUUUGCAUUAAAAAAAAAUGUUUUUGUUUGGGUCAUCAGACGUCCGGCAAAGAUGGUCAUGACCUCUUUUUUAAGAUCUUCGCUUGGCAUUGUGUGAAAAUGUCCGUCUUUUAAUCUGUUGCUUACUGCACUGGUGUUUUAUCAAACAAUCAAAUUCAAUCAUUCAAAUCAUACAAAGCUCUCUCAUACACGUUAAAGUGUCAUGGAUGCAGCAGGCUACUGUAGUGAUUCAAUAGAUUACUGUAGUGAUUCAAUAGCUUACUGUAGUGAUUCAAUAGAUUACUGUAGUGAUUCAAUAGCUUACUGUAGUGAUUCAAUAGAUUACUGUAGUGAUUCAAAAGCUUACUGUAGUGAUUCAAUAGAUUACUGUAGUGAUUCAAUAGAUAACUGUAGUGAUUCAAUAGAUUACUGUAGUGAUUCAAUAGAUUACUGUAGUGAUUCAAUAGAUAACUGUAGUGAUUCAAUAGAUUACUGUAGUGAUUCAAUAGAUUACUGUAGUGCAAAAAAUUUACAGCAAGACGUUUCAGAAAAAGUUUUUUUCUACAAAAUGUUUUUUUUUUGCUCUCAUUCUAAAUUAUUUACGGUGUACAUCAGUGAUGUGUGAUGUAUGUGGUGUAGUGAUGUGUGGUGUAUGAGUGUAGUGAUGUAUGAGUGUUAAACGUUAUGUUGAGAAUGGCCCGUGAUCUCAAGCUUGCUCUAUUCAUUAAUAACCUCUCUUCGGGCUCUGAAAGGUUACAAUGCAAAUAUAUUAGUAGAUUUGGUACCUCGAUUAUCUAGAACCGACAUACAAAUAUAGAUCUUGUGACGCGACAGUUUAGGGAAGUGCAUUUAGAGGAGGUUAAGAAGCUAUUCGAGAGAGAAAGAGAGAGAGAAA